AUGUCAGCUAUUACUAGGCUUAGACCAUUACGUGCUUUAAACAUUAGGCAGGCAUCACCGGUGUUGCGGUUCCGUAGACAUUACGCCACCGAUAUAGAGGAUUUAAAAAAGCAAUCGGAUUCUACUGAAACCGACAAUUCUGUUUCGGCAACCGGUGUCAUUGACAAAAAGAAUAAUGAAGUGUUGCUCUACUAUUCAUUUGCCACUUCUAGAAACUUUAUCAAGUCAUAUCUAUCACGACUUACAUUGUUUGCUCCACGAUACUCCGACGACGAAGUGAAAAAGAAGGUGGAUCAACUUUCGUCGCCUUUGCCACAAGGAUCAAGAUUGACAGAAGUAGUGGCCUUGGCAAGGGAUUCUGGUGCAUUUGUAAAGUAUCAAUUUCCACAAGACGAAACAGCAAGGGAGUUUAUCGAUCAAGUGAGGAACAACGUUACAAAGAAUGAGAAAGAACUGGAAAAUGUUGUCAGUCGAGCAAUUGAUUACUUGACUGAUAGAGCCCCUAAAGUUUACAGCGUCAAGGGUGUUCCUUGGAUUGAAGAUUUAAAAAGAUUUCCAAGUCCCAAGUUGGCAAUCAAGUUUGAAGGAGACCCCUUGACAGAGGAAGAGUUAUACGUUUUGUUUCGGAGGUAUGGGUUAAUUGAUGAUAUCAAAGCAGACCCUUCUGAGUCAAUAGUUUUAUUUCACAACAUUCGAUCGGCCACUUGUGCCAAACAUUGUAUUACCGGUAUGCUGUUGAACAAUGGCAAGACAACGAUACAUAUCCAGUUUAGGUCCAUAAAGAGAAAGAACUACGUAGUUGAUUUUAUAUCAAACCACACCAAAAUUGCAAUACCGAUUAUAUUGGCACUUGUAGCGGCGCUUGCCGUUAUAGUGUUUGACCCAAUAAGAGAAUGGUUUAUUGAGUACAAGAUUACCCAUAGCAAGCAUUCAUUGGAUCAUUUUAAACAAAACAAAUUGUUCCAAUUGCUCUACAUACCAUAUAAGACGCUUGCGAACUUGGUGUCGAGCAGUUAUGAUUACAUCGAUACCCAGAUACAUGAAGUUGUUGGAUCAAAAGACGAUGAUACGCUGGAUAGUCAGUCGAUGGAUGAAAUCAAACGAGAAAGUAAUAUGUUUUGGAAAGAGCGGUACGAAAAGUCGAAGCAAUUGAAAUUGUGGAUUUUGGAGAACUUAAACAGUUUUAUCAUUGUCAAGGGACCACAAGGUUCAGGAAAAGAGGAGUUUGUUUUGGAGCAUACAUUGGCUUCUGAUGAUCGAUUGAGUGACAAAGUCUUAGUGAUUGAAUGUGAUAAAUUGAGUAAAGCAAGAUCUGAGAAUAGUUUGAUUGGAAGUACGGCUUCACAGUUGGGAUAUUUCCCUGUUUUCACCUGGACAAAUUCAAUUUCACAGUUUGUUGAUUUGGCAGUUCAAGGUUUAACAGGGCAAAAAUCAGGAUUGAGUGAAAGUAAAGAAACACAAAUCAAGAAUAUGUUUUCACUAGCUACUCAGUCAAUUAGACAUAUAUGUGAGACUGAUUAUCUAAGAUAUGUUAAGAGCGUGGAAAGAAAGAACAAGAAAUUAAAGGACGAGGACAAGAUUGAGUUGCUAAGACAAGAGGACUUUUUGUCACAGCACCCAGAGUCGAAGCCAAUUAUUGUUGUCAACAAAUUUGCUAGGAGAGCCGAUGUCCAUCUGAACGAUUUUAUAUAUCCAUUAAUUGCCGAGUGGGCAUCAGGGUUGAUUCAAAAUAAUAUUGCUCAUGUUAUCUUUUUAACGGCUGAUGUUGGAUCAGUACAGCACUUGAAUGAAGCUUUGCCUAAUCAAGUAUUUAAGGAUGUUUCAUUGAGUGACGCCUCAAUGGCGAGCUCGAAACAGUAUGUGUGUGAUGUACUCAAUGUAAAGGACAAUACCACUUUAAAUGAUUGUCUAGAGCCAUUGGGUGGAAGAAUGUUGGAUUUGCAAGCAUUUAUCCGUCGUGUAAAGUCAGGCGAAGAUCCCGAAAAGGCAGUAACAGAAAUGAUCACCCAAGCUGCUGAAUUGAUAACGACAUUCUUUUUGAGCAGCCAAAAGAUCGACAAUGGUGACAAUAAUUGGAACUCGGCUCAAGUUUGGCUUAUAAUGAAGUUGCUACUGAAGAAGGAAAGUAUCACCUUCAAUGACUUGAUUAAGCUGCCAUUAUUUAAAUCGUCAAAAGAGACAAUGGAUACAUUGUCAACGUUGGAGAAGUUUGACUUGAUUUCGUUAAAGAGAGACAAGGGUGUGUUGAAUAAAAUAACCACAGGGAGACCAUUGUUUAAAGCAGCAUUUGAAAACAUAAUUGGCGAUUUAAGAAUAUGGAAGUUAUACGAAACCGACUAUUUAACCAACUUGGUCACAUUGGAAGUUGCAAAGAUUCAAAAAUUGGAAUCGGAAUUGACGGGAAUUUACAAGAUUAGCAAUAAGUUAGAUGGUCGUAUUGACUAUUUGUCGAAAAAGAUUGAAGCUUCUAAUAAGAAAAUCGUUGAUUAUGAAAAGGAAAUUGCUGACAUUGCUACUUAUCAAGGUGAUUCCAAAUCUGGAUCAUUUCUAGGAAUAUUCUAA